AUGGUUCCUAUCUACACUGCUCCACAUACUGAGUGGAUGGAAUACAACUGAGAAUUAAAACUUCUAUUUUCAACGUAGAGAUUGAUCAUUGUCGGCAGUUCUGUCACCCCAUUAAGGUGGGUAUGCAGUUCGGCAGUCGUUCCGACUCCGAGGGACACCAGGAGUAUGAUAUCAAGACAAAAGCUCCACGAUGCCGUAGACUUAAUCUUUGUUCGUGUUGGAGACGAUGGUUACUCUCGUUUGUUACUCAAACGUUGUCGAACCAGAAGUGUUGAUCGAGCCAAGAGAUUGCAGUCACGCAUGGGUCCUCAUUCUGAAGCAAACGCCACAGCCUUUCACAAUCGUCUACUUUAUCUUUACGCCAAGUCUGGAAAAAUAUCAGAUGCUCAGAAGCUGUUCGAGAAAAUCUCCUGCAGAGACGUGAGAACGUGGAACAUAAUGCUUUCCGCGUACUCCAAGUCGGGUUUUGUUAAAGAGCUGCAGACACUCUUUAAUCAAAUGCCUGCCCGUGACGCCAUUUCAUAUAAUACGGUAAUUUCAGGCCUUGUGGGAAAUGGUGGUUCUAAGAAUGCUUUGGAGCUAUUUAUUAGAAUGCAAAAAGAAGGAUUCGAACGGGAUCAGUAUACGUAUGUGAGCGUUUUAAAUGCAUGUUCACAAUUAUUGAAUUUGAAGUGUGGGCAGCAAAUACAUGGACAGCUUAUUGUUGGCAAUGUAAGAGGAAAUCUUUUUGUCUCAAAUAGUUUAAUUGAUAUGUAUGCGAAAUGUGGCAAGAUUGAUAAUGCUCGGUGGUUAUUUGAUCAAAUGGUUGACAGGAAUGUUGUGUCUUGGAAUUCGAUGAUCUCAGGUUAUUUGAAAAAUAAGGAACCAGAAAAAUGCUUGGAUUUGUUUCAUAGCAUGCAGCUCUCAGGUGUCAAGCCUGAUUUGGUUACAGUGUCUAGUGUUCUUGGUGCUUAUCUACAAAGUGGACUGAUAGAAGAUGCUACUAGGAUAUUUAAAGAGAUGAAGGAGAAAGAUAGGGUUUCUUGGACAACAAUGAUUGUUGGUUAUGCCCAAAAUGGAAAAGAAGAGGAUGCUUUGGUGUUAUUUGGCAAAAUGUUAUCAGAGAAUGUCAACCCAGAUGGUUUCACUAUCUCAAGUGUGGUUAGUGCAUGUGCUAGGUUAGCCUCUGUGGAUCGUGGAAAAGUAGUUCAUGGGAAAGCGAUUCUUAUUGGAGUUGAGGCUGAGUUGCAGGUGUCAAGUGCCCUCAUUGAUAUGUACUCCAAAUGUGGAGAGAUUACAGAUGCUUCAGCUGUUUUUGAUAUGAUGCAAGCUCGAAAUGUAGUCUCUUGGAAUGCAAUGAUUGUGGGUUGUGCACAAAAUGGACGGGAUCAAGAGGCUUUAGAGCACUAUGAGAGGAUGUUACAGGAAAACUUGAAGCCAGAUAAUGUUACCUUUGUUGGUGUCCUUUCUGCUUGUAGCCAUAUUGGUCUGGUUGAACAUGGGCAGAGAUAUUUCCGUUCAAUAAGCAAAUUACAUGGAAUAACACCUACUUCUGAUCAUUAUGUAUGUAUGAUCAAUCUCCUUGGUCGCUUUGGGUACAUGAAAGAAACAGUUGAUCUGAUUAAAGGCAUGCCUGAUGAACCAAAUUGCCUAAUUUGGUCUACACUUUUAUCUGUUUCUGCCAUUAAUAAUGAUAUCAAGCAUGCAGAGAUGGCCGCAAGGCAUCUCUUUGAAUUAGAUCCAUUAAACGCUGGCCCUUAUAUCAUGUUGUCAAACAUGUAUGCUGCCUCUGGAAGGUGGGAUGAAGUGGCAUCCAUGAGAACUCUUAUGAAAGAUAGGAAUAUUCGGAAAUUUGCAGCCUAUAGCUGGAUUGAGAUUGAUAAAAAAGUCCAUAAAUUUGUAUCUGAUGAUCGACGUCAUCCUAAAACAGGUCAAAUUUAUGAAGAAUUGGAUAGAUUGAUUCAGAAAGUGCAAGAAGCUGGGUUUACCCCUGAUACAAGCUUUGUUCUGCAUGAUGUAGGUGAGGCGGAAAAGUUUGAUUCUAUCUGUUAUCAUAGUGAGAAACUUGCUCUUGCAUUUGGAUUGAUCAGCAAGCCUCAAGGUGGGACAUCCAUAAGGAUUGUAAAGAACAUACGUGUUUGUGGUGACUGCCAUGUGUUCAUGAAGUUCGUGUGUAAGAUUACCAAGCGACCCAUCAUCUUGAGAGAUUCAAAUAGAUUUCACCAUUUUGUAGGUGGAGAAUGCUCUUGUAAGGAUUAUUGGUAAUGGGAAAAGAAAUAUUAGUAACACUUGGAUAACAGCUGCAUGGUCAGCAUGGGAAAGGAGGGCCUUUUGGGAUGAAUUAUGUGAUGCAAUGUAGUGCAGAGAAAGGUUCCUCUAAAGAAAGUUUUGGAGAACAGGAGUAUACUGAUAAGUGGGCCCUCUAAAAUGUUCUAACAUGGUUGUUCAGCUUCUUGAUUGGGGGUAGAUGUUUAGAGUUUUGAUGAUUGAGCAGUUAUGAUAAUUUGAUUGAAGAAUCUGUUGAGAGUGUUACGGGCCACAUUGGUCCUGAUUUGUUUGAGAAACUGGAAUUUCAUCUGGGCUAAGCAUGGCAUAGGGGAGAUGAGGAUAACAGUGAAAAGCAUACGUGACAAACCACUUGUGUUCGUUUCUUCUGAUUGCCAAAGGAGUGAUCCCUUAUUAAGUUACGGCAUGACAAAUAUGGAUAUGGCACUGAACAGAAUGGAACGGCAAAACAGGAUUCAUGUAGCUGACCCCAUAUAGUUGGGACAAAGCUUAUAUGAAUCAUCAUAGUCAUGAUAGUUCUUUAACUCUGAGUUGGAGGUGGAACUUGAUGGGUCCGUAGGAAGCUAUGGGAGAAAUAUAACAGCAAUCUGUUACAUUCAGAUUUGUGAAUUUUGUAUACUUCCCUUUGUUUAACCAGUCAAUAAAUCAUACAUGAAUAUCAUGAUUUUCUCAGCCUUUUGUGUUGUAUUCUGCUAUUUAUAUCACACAGUCCUAUUGAUUUAAAACAUGAGAUGGAAGUUUCAGACUAAAUCUUGGAUAUUAAUAUAUG